AUGGCGCCUUCCGCAGUCCAUGAACCGGCAACAUCAACCCCAGAGCGGACUUUGAUCCGCCAUAGUCCUCGAGCACUAGCGCACGUGGUCCUGCGAACGAGUUCUCAGAACUACGAAACGAUGAUUCAAUUCUACCAAGACCUCCUGGGAGCCAAGGUCGUUCAUAAGGAUCCAGUGCUGACAUUCCUGCGUUACGACGAGGAGCACCACCGCAUUGCGCUGAUCCAAAGCCCAGAGACGCAGCCCAAGAACAGGAGCAGCGCAGGGCUCGACCACAUCGCCUUCUCCUACUCCACUCUGACCCAGUUGGCGCAGCAGUACGUCUACCUCAAGUCCAUGGAAAAGCCCAUCAAGCCCUUGUGGACAGUCAACCAUGGCCCGACCACCAGCUUGUACUAUCGAGAUCCCGACGGCAACAAGAUCGAGCUGCAGGUGGACAAUUUCGACAUUCCCGAGGAGGCCGACGCGUUCAUGAGCGGACCACUAUAUGACGUGAACCCGAUGGGAACGGACUUCGACGCCGACGAGUGGGCUAAGGAUAUUUUGAACAAGGCACUCCCUGAUGGGAGCGAGGGUCUGUCCUCGCAGGAGAUCAAGGAGAAGAAAAUGCGCAAGGAGAUUGGCGAGAGGCAUGAGCUGCCAGAGGGUUUCUUUUGA